AGUCGGAACUUUUCAUACUUUUAGCUCUAGAUUUCUUGAGAGAAGAUGCAGCCGAUAUUCCAAGCGAUCCAUCAAAAUGACCUUCCAGCAUUCCUGGGUUUGGUUGAAGAGAGAGAAUCAUCACUAGAGGAGAGAAACGUGGAAGAAGGCCUGAACAACGUAUUCGGAAACACACCUUUGCAUCUUGCUGCUAUCCUUGGAGACGUGAACAUAGUUGUGCAGAUGUUAGAGACUGGAUUGGAUGUGUGUUCUGCAAGAAAUGUUAUCAGCCACACACCUCUUCACUUAGCUAUUCACAGCAAUUCCAUGGAGGCUGCCAGACUCAUUGCAGAAAAGACACAAUCAUUCGGCCUCGAUGAACUCAUUCUCGCCACAUCAAGUGGAUCCACUAGUAUUGCAAAAAUUAUACUGGACAGAUUCCCAGACCUAGCUAGGGAAGAAGCUUGGGUGGUUGAAGACGGGUUACAAUCAACGCUAUUGCAUUAUGCGUGUGAUAAAGGAGACUUUGAACUGACAAGAGUCCUGUUAGGGCUCGAUCAAAGACUAGAAGAAGCACUUAACACCAGCGGUUUAUCACCUCUGCAUCUGGCGGUUCUCAGUGGCUCGGUGGUAAUCUUGGAAGAGUUCUUGGACAAGGCUCCUUUGUCUUUCAGCUCUCUCACGCCGUCAAAAGAGACAGUCUUUCAUCUCGCUGCUCGAAACAAAAAUAUGGAUGCCUUCGUUUUCAUGGCAGAGAGUUUGGGAAUCAACAGUCAGAUUCUUCUACAGCAAACAGAUGAAAACGGCAACACUGUCUUACAUAUUGCUGCCUCCGUCGCUUGUGAUGCUCCGCUUAUACGUUACAUUGUUGGUAAGAAGAUAGUAGAUCAUACGUACAAGAAUAAGAUGGGUUUUGAAGCUUUUCAACUUCUCCCUCGAGAAGCCCAAGACUUUGAGUUGUUAUCAAGGUGGCUGAGAUUUGGCACCGUGACUUCAGAGGAGCUGGAUUUAUCUGAGAAGAAUGAAGAACUCGAAAGCCACUCUAAUACAUCCGAUAAUAAACAACUUCUUGGACGCCUUGGAUCUUCAAACUCUCAUGAGGACGAGGUAAUACAGUUGCUUAGGCUAAUCGGAGUAAACACAUCAGAGAUGGCAGAGAGAAAGACACGCAAGGAACAUCAAGUGGAAAGAGGUCGUGAGAGCUUGGAAUACGAGAUGCAUAUAGAAGCAUUGCAAAAUGCAAGAAACACGAUCGCGAUAGUGGCAGUCUUAAUCGCUUCAGUUGCUUAUGCCGGCGGGAUAAACCCUCCGGGCGGCGUUUACCAAGACGGACCAUGGAGAGGGAAAUCGAUCGUGGGAAAAACGACAGCGUUUAAGGUCUUUGCCAUAUGCAACAACAUUGCACUCUUCACGUCCCUGUGCAUCGUUAUUCUCCUCGUUAGCAUCAUACCUUACAAGAGGAAACCCUUGAAGAGGUUACUUGUGGCCACGCACAGAAUGAUGUGGGUUUCUGUAGGGUUCAUGGCAACGGCUUAUGUUGCAGCAUCUUGGGUGACCAUACCGCAUUACCACGGAACACGAUGGUUAUUUCCGGCCAUUAUCGCCGUUGCUGGUGGAGCCUUGGCAGUCCUCUUUUCCUAUCUCGGAGUUGUGACCAUUGGUCAUUGGUUUAAGAAGAGGAAUCGUGUAGGAGAUAUGCCUUCCUUUGCAAGAACCUGUUCAGAUUUGGCCAUCUCCGGAAAAUCAGGCUAUUUCACCUAUUAAGAACAAAAUGUUUCUUCAAUUUGCGUCUAAAUUAAUGAUCACCACCCACCUGUGUAUACCAGUGUAUGUCUAUGUGUUAGGAGACAUUGAGAUU